UGGUUUCUACGUGCGGUUGCUGAGUUCUGACACAGGAAAAGUUGUCGACCGGUUUAUAUGCUUUCCUUACGUUAUUAAGAAACUUGCAGCGAGUCAAGGAAGAGACUAGAGGACUGGGUUUUGAACAACGCAAGUUACCAAGAAUCGAAAGAAAGUCCGAAAUUUUUGUUCGUACACAGACUUUACAGCCAGACUCGAUAAACAUAAUUUCACAAUGAGAGAAGACAACUGAACAGCUUCGGAACAGCAAUAUAGCCAAGAACAGCCUGCUCGUAACCCACACUAGAUAUCAAGAUUAAGUCUCAACGACUGUUCCUUCUGUAGAAGAAUUUACCGAAGGAAAUUUUAAUCGUGACGAAUCAUUGGACAUUUGAGAAGGCUUCAAAUGGCUGAAGGGUAUAAGAAUCGCUUUCUUUGCAGCAUAUUUCUCAUUUUGGCGUCAACAGGGUUAGCAAGAUGUAACAAACUGGACGAAAUCUUGGAGGACAACGAGCUUCUCCUUUACAUAGCCAUUGGAUUUCUUUGUUUUUCUGUGCUGUUCCUGUUUGCUGUGAUUCUGAUGAUAUCUAUUGUCAUGAUCAAGAUACAAAAGAUAAAAGAAGCGCAACUUGACACCCAUAGUAGGAUCAGUGAAACCGUCAUCGCGAACCCUUAUGUCUUUCCCCUCCCUGGAAGAAGCUUAAACGACCCAACAAAGUGGGACCAAUACCUGCCUGAGCCGAGGAUGAAUGGUGCGAGUACGUUGAACGGUACAGCCAAUGUGGAUUAUCUGGACUACAUGGACUUGAUUAUCAUGGACGCAAACAACGUGAAUCUACCACGGGCUAAAAUUGAUAUCGAAGAGAAGACAGUAUAAUUUAGUGGUGCAUGUAGUCUUCAACGUAAUAUUUGUUAUAGAGACCCUUCAGUACAUGCAAGUACGACCGCGAGAAAAGAUUACACGUUUUUGACUAAAUUCUUAGAAGCUGAAGCUUUCUGUCACUUUUCACGAGCGACAUAAUGAACUUGCCUCACUCUUUUUUUCCCGUUUUUGUAACGGUUUUGUUGUUCGAUCUCGUUACGUUGUUGUUGUUGUUUUUUUGAGGGAGAAAGAAAAACGCUCUUUAAUGCCUCACCCGUACUUUUCUCUAGCUGCGUCGUUGGUCAUUGUGUCGCUUAAAGCCCGUUUUGACAGUUUCGUAAUCGACAAAAGAAUCAUGUUACCUACCUAUAGAGAACUUUUUUUCGUUUUUGCCACUAAGACAUUUUCUUGAAAACUAAAAAUAACGGCGCCGCCACUUCUUUUUCCGCCAAAAUAACCCUUGCUCGCACGCGUCCACUUUUUUUACUGCAAGAGUGUUGGUAACGUUCAAACUCGUAGCCGCACUUGCACUAGAAUCAAAAUUAAACGGUUUUCUAUAUCAUAGGAUUGCUGUCAGAGCACGUGAAUCUGAGACAUGGUGAUUAGGAUCUGAAACGACUUGCAAACGCUUGCGAACCAGUUGACGGUCAUAGUUCUGUUGACCAAUGAUUAGUUCUAAAACAUUGUUUUUGAUGUGGUUAGUUAGAGUCUUACUUUUCACGAGUGUCUUAUUUAAAAUAAUUUCUAAACAGGAAAUUGAAAAUUACACGAGGUACAAUCAAACACCCGGAGAGGCAACUGACAAAACAUGUAGACAAGGCUUUUUUUCCUGACUAAUGAAUGCAUAGGUUAUGAAAUUAAAUAAGGAUAAAAUACUGUAAAUAUUCCGUGUGCGGUCCAUGUAUAUGAAACAUGAUAAAAUAUACUAGCACCAGAAGUUAUAAACAAUACAAAUCUAGCAUAAUAAACAGGAUUUGUCUGUUAUCAGC